GAUCUGUAAGAGUUGUCCCAUCUUAGAUUGUAGUUGUAAACACAAGCACUUCUCCACACACAUACACACAUGUGCAUACAAGCAUACCAUAUUUGAGGAAGAUUGGUGGGCUCCUGUUUGCAUCAAGGAUUUGGUAUAAAGAAACAGGUCAUUUGGUACUUGGAAUAAAAAUCGAUGAAGGAAAGAAGUGAUUAGACAUUGUAAAGAAGGACCGACUCCAAGAAUGGCUUUGACUGGUACAGAGCAAGAAGCUGCAGACUAGGGAGUGUCUGGUCACUAAAAGGACCACCAUGUUUUCUGUGAGGAUAGUGACCACUGACCACUACCAGGCCUCGCCUAUCUCUGAUCUUGAUGUCCUACAUUCAGAUUUCAGGGGUUCAGAUGUGUACAAAGUACCAGUUAUUCGAGUGUAUGGAGCUACUCCUGCAGGUCAGAAAACGUGUAUGCAUGUGCAUGGUGUGUUUCCAUAUCUGUAUGUGCCUUACGAUGGCACACAGCCCUGGGACAGGUACAUGCGGCUCUUUGCUUCCAGCUUGGAUAAAGCUGUCAAUGUUGCCCAAGGUCAUCCCACUUCAAACAUUCAACAUGUUUAUAAGAUUACCCUGGUGUCUGGAAUACCUAUGUAUGGUUACCAUGACAAGGAGCAACAGUUUCUUAAGAUUUACCUAUACAAUCCAGGUAUCAUAAGAAAGGUUGCUGAUCUCCUGUUAGGUGGAGCAGUCAUGAAUCAGGUGUACCAACCCCAUGAGUCACACAUCCCCUACACACUACAGAUGUUCAUUGACUAUAACCUGUAUGGUAUGAAUCUAAUCAACGUUGCAGCUGUGAAAUUCCGAAGGAGGAGGAGGGAAGAUGAUAAUGGUAACAUUAUGGAUAUAGGAAGUCAGGGAUCAAAUGAUCGUAGCAUGGGAACCCCUCAGUCCCUGUCUUUCAGCCAUGAUGACAACCAGCGCAAAGCCAUUUGGGACAACACCAACAUCUUAAGUGAACUGUGUAUAGACACUGAGAGGCAGAGUGCAUGUGAACUGGAGGUGGAUGUUGUAGCUGCAGAUAUACUUAACAGACUAGAGGUAGAUGCCAAUGUUGGUACCAACCCUGGACUAGCAGCUUUGUGGGAAGAUGAGAAACAAAGGAGAAGGGAUAGAGGCGAGUCUUCACAGCUUGCACCACCUGAUUCUCAAGAGCAUGAAAAUGUAGAAAUAACAGAGAGUGAUAUGGAGCACAGGCAGAGAUUUCAGGAGAUUGUUUUGGAGCUUCAACCUUACAUGGACAGCCAAUCUGACACAACUUCUGAGGCAUCUCAGGGCGAUGACCAAUCACAGACAACACACGCCUCUGAAGUGGACCUACACAUGUCGCAGGCAGAAGAAGACCUAUCCAGCUCACAGGACACAGUGGAUUUAGAGGAGGAGGAAGGUGUGGCACCACUGAUUAGUCUAGAGUCCAUCAAACGAGUUGUGUCCUUUAGUCAGAGUUUCAGUGAGGGAUCAGCCGAGGGUUUACCAUCAUUACAAUCUCAGAGGUCUAGCCAGGAACUUGCCGGGAUGUUGGCAUCUCUUGCAGAGGAGAGUUCCCCAGUAUGUUCUCAGGUAGCAGCCAGUCAGAUAAAGGCUCUAGAGGAAGAAGACAGUGUCCUUCAUAACACAUCACAGCAGCCUGACAAUGACCUUGAGGGGAUGUCAGAGGACGCAGAGACACUUGAAAUGUCACAAAGAAUGUGGGGUGAGGAGGAAGAGGAGAAACCUGUACAGGGACCGAGUGGUGUUGGCGAGAGAGAUUUCAUCUGGACUGGAAUGGAUGACACGUGGGAUGACUCUCAGCAGGCAGUUGAUGAUGAUGAAGCUGAAGAAAAUAUUCCACAAUUUGAUGGAGCAGCUGAUGAAAAACCAGCAAAAUCCAAAGCUAAAAAGAGACUGGAAGUUUCUGAACCCAUCAUGCCUACGUUCACCCAAAUGGGACAAGACCAUCAACCGUAUCAGCAAAGUCCAAGCCAAUAUCAAAACCAACAGAUGAUGUUUGAAGAUAAUUCCCAGUUUAUGUAUGGAAGCCAGGGAAACUCCUCCAUGCAGUAUAAUCAGGGAUACCAACAACAGCAGGGAUACAACUGUAACUAUGGCCUGGAUAACAACUUUGGAAAUCAGAGUGGAGAUAAUUACGACAGCAGUGGAUGGGGUCAAAAUUUUCAACAACUACAUGAACUAUCACCUUCACAAAAUAACAUGGCCAUGUCCUGGGGGCAGGGCAACCAGGGCUGGGGAGAGGACAAUACAACAAGUCCAGUACAGCAUGUCCCUAGAGGGGAGCUCCAGACUACCACAGAACCGGUCCUUUCACCACUUGAGACCCUGCAGACAGUCAAGAUGCCAAUAGAGGCAGUUAACUCUCCUGUGCUACCCUCACCUCAUUCCUCCCUUCAGUCACCACUAUCCACACGACAGUCUCCAACACUCCAAUCACCUAACACCUCCAUGCCGUCACCACAAUCUCUCACAACCAUGCAGCCUCUACAGUCACCCACUGCAACCUCAACCACCUCCCAGUUGGAUACCAGUGACAAUAGGAACUGUCAAAUCACACCCAUGCAGCCAGCUCAAAUGUGCAUGGGUGACUACUCUAGUGCUGAUAAUCACAGCUAUAAUACCUAUAACCAAAACUACUACGGAAACCAGUCUAGUGGGAACUUCAAUACAGGCUCAUACAUGAACCAGUACAACCAAGUCACAGAUCAACAGGCCAGAGGUCAAAUGCCACAUCAAAACUACAAUCAUAGUAGUUACCAGUACAACCAAUACCAUGGUAACCAACAGCAAAUGCAGCUGCAUCCAAACCAACAGCAAUGGCCGCAGCAAUUUCAUGGAAACCAGGCACCAACACAAGGGCAACCCCAAGGUAGGAAAAAAGGCAUGCAAAAUGCUAGUGGGAAGUGGACCAAUACUGGUAAAAGUACAGCAAAGAGAUGCAGGAAAACAAAGAAAUCACAGACAUUGCCUGGCACAACUCAGGUCUGUUCAGGACCAUUGAAGUCUGGUAAUAAUGGGCCAAUUAAAGUUUCAACAAAUAAAAAUGGAGCCCAACCCUCAAAAGAUGAAAAUAUUCCAAAACCAACAAGUACUCUAGAAAGACUUUUGCUGGGGGAUGAGGAUGAGGACUGUUCGAGUCAGACAGAGCCUGUGCAGAGGAGUGUUAGUCGAUGUUCCAAUAUAUCCACUGCUUCCUCACGUACCUCUGUUGGCCCAACAACCCCAGUCAUGCCCACACCUAACAUUGGCCCUCUCACCUCACCUCUAUCUCCGUAUGAUGGUAAAGGCCAGCCCCAGAAGGUUUCCGAUCUAUUGACUCAAGUGAAGCCUUCCAGUCAAGACAGGCGCUCAUCCUUGGGGGACAACAUCAUAGAUUCUAGUCAGUUGUCAAACUCAUCUCUUUUUGGUAGUCAGGAAGAUUUGUUCAUGGAUACAUCAUCUAAGUCACAGUCAUCAUUGCUAUCAUCUCCUGUUCAGGACACACCCAUAAAUAAUUCAUUUUCCAGACCAUCCUCCCAAACAUCACAGAGUCCUAAGCUUGACUAUCCAGGAAAUUUUCAAGGAUCUGCAGUUGCUGCAGGAAGCCAACAACAGGAAAAGAAAAAUGACACAUUUUCCUGUCUUCAAAGUCUUCAAAGUUUGGUAUCAAGUGUUAACAAAGAUCCCCACUAUGGUGUAAAUGUUCAUCAAGACAAACAUUUGGAAAAUUACCAGUCACCAGGUCAAGGUCAGUCAUCUCAAAGUAAUCCACAGCAAGGUCAGUCAUCUCAAAGUCAUCCACAGCAAGGUCAGUCAUCUCAAAGUCAUCACUUGCAUGCUCAAAGUCAUUCAUCUCAUGGCUGCCAACCUCAAGGUCAUCCAACUUUAGGUCAACACAUGCAUCAAGGUCAACCAAUUCACCAAGGUCAUCAUCAAAGUCAUCAAAGCCAUCAAGGUCAUUCUGGCCACUCUGAUCCUCAUGGCAAAAUGGGCUAUCAGCAGUUUUCUCCUCAGUACAAACCAAUGUGGAACGAUUCUCAGUCUAACAUGAGUACAUAUCAACAGUCCCAUAAUUCAGGUCAUCAACAGUUCCAUCCAUACUGGAACCCACAAGACAGGAGUCCAGUAUCCAAAGGUAACUUUUCUCCUGUGAAUAAUGCUCCACCUUAUGGCACAAGGGAGUAUAGCACACCAACCCAUGGCUCUAUGAAGUUUCCAAUGAGACAUCCAACAUCAUCACAGUCCCCGGGAACCGGGGGUCCAGCAGGAGGGAUGUCUCCAAAACUGCAGAGGUCACUCUCUGUUAUCAAGAAGCGUGGGAGACCACGGAAGUAUGAUACACCUUCCAAUCCACAGCUUCCACAGUAUCCACUUAUGCCACAAAGUCCAACGACCCCUACACAGCCAAGGAGUAGGUCCAAUUCAGUGGCGGACAGGACUUGUGUAGUAAAGCCAACAGCUUCUAAUGCUUCAUAUACAUUUUCAUUUCAAGUUCCUACUCCAGUAUUCAAACGCUUGAAAUUCCAUAAGAAAAGACCAUUGGACAGCUCAAACACAGUUAAAUUUGUCAGGAUGCAUCCAAUGGAUGCUAGGCGAUAUAGCUUGUUAAAAAUUGGACGGGAAAUUGUAAAAACUCAAAAUUUAUCAACCACAGAUGUAGAAAAAGCAGUGAAACGUAUUCGAUUGGAAAGCACCGCAAGUUGUACCCAGAAACAGGCUGCAUAUUCAGACACUGGUGAGCUGCCUUGUAAUACUGAGAAUGGUCCAACAGAAGAAAUGUCUUGCAUACAUCAACCACGUAAUACUCUUGCCCAAGAUCUGUUUGGAGUUGUGCCAGAACCCAGGGAUUCUGAUAACUCGGGCUCAAGUCAGUCAUACACUCAACCAAUUCCAAACUCAAGUCAGUCAUACACUCAACCAAUUCCAAACUCAAGUCAGUCAUACACUCAACCAAUUCCAAACUCAAGUCAGUCAUACACUCAACCAAUUCCAAAUGUGAUGCCAUCCAUGGAAACUACAAGAUUAAACGAAGAUUGUGAUAAAUUUGAAAAUCAUGGAAGAGAGAACCAUACUGAAGCAGGGUCAAGUCAACAAAAACAGACAUUGAAAGCAAAGUUAUCUGAAAACAUCAGCAAUCUACACCUAAAGAAAAUGUUGCAGGAACGAAUGGCCAUGAAAGAAGCUAAUAGAUCUGCAGCUAACACAGGCACACAGAAUUUCUCUGAUGAAUACAGGAGCCAUGCUCAACCCAUGCUAAACACCAUUUGCAGGGAUAGCCAGGAACACAUGUCAACUCAAUCAAAACAAGAGCUUGUUCAAGGACAUAAUUCUAGUUUACCAUCAGCAGCUACUAUGAAGUCAUGCAAUUGUAAUAUGGAUAAAUGCCAUUGCCAUAAAAAACAGGAUCAUGUUAAUCAAAAUCACCAGAAAUGUGAUGAAAAGAGGAAGGAAUUAAAACAAGAAAAUGACAUCAAGAAUGGAAAUGAAAGACCUCCUGCUCAAGGCUUGAAAGGCAGAUCACAACAGAAUAGCUUUCUUAGUCAAUUCCAGAAUUUCUUGAGCAAAGGAUACAGUUCUUUUGAUUCUGAUACAGGGAAAACUCCAAAAGAAAAAAAUGUAUCAGGGGAGCAUAAGCAAGAAAAUGGAGAACAACAGGAUAAGAGUGGGGAUAAUUAUCACAUUUCUCCAAACUCUGAUUCUACUACAAACCAUAAAGAUGAAGGAGAAAUUCAUUCUUCUCAGAAAAAUGGAUUUUCAAGUAAUAAUGGAGAGCAUGGAACAUGUGAUGAUGCAGCAGACCACAUGUCAGGGGACAAUAAUCCAGUAGUUCACAGACCAGAAGGGCCAGGAGGAAUAAUGCAUGAGGGUCAAAUGUCAAUAGGUGAAAGGCCAGGAGGACAUGUAGUGAGAAAUCACAUGCCUGAGAGUCGGAUGUCUGUAAGUCACAGGACAGAUAGUCACAUGCCAGAGAGAACCAUGAUGAGUGGUCAUAUGCCUCAAGGUCAUAUGGAUCAUAUGCAAGGUGAAAUAUUGCAUCAGAUGCCAACAGGUCACAUGCCAGGAUAUGUAAUGAGAGGUCAUGCACCAGGAACAAUACCUAGAGGUCAUGUACCAGGAACAAUACCUAGAGGUCAUGUACCAGGGACAAUAUCUAGAGGUCAUGUACCAGGGACAAUACCUAGAGGUCAUGUACCAGGGACAAUACCUAGAGGUCAUGUACCAGGGACUGGCACACCUACAGGAUACAUGCCUAAAAGUCAAACACCUGGGGCUCAUGUGCCUGGAAAUCACAUGCAAGGUCAAGGUUUUGAAGGUCACAUGAAAGGAGACAACAACACACAUGGGAAUGAUUUGAAUAGUGACCAGAGAGGUAAAGCCACGAUAACAGAGUCUGUAAACAGCUCGACUCCAAGUGGUGUAAAUUUAACUGAGAUGAAGAAAAUUGAAAAACAGAACACCGGUAAUUUUUUAGGGCUUAGUGACCAGAGGGGCUGUCCCUCUGGUCACAAAACUCCAUUGCCUGAUAAGAAAGAUUUUCACAGUGCCAGUCAUUCUAGUGUAUCUCCAAGAACUGGGGUGCGUGAGUAUUCACACACCAGAAACAUUUUUGAAAAACUUUUGAAUUCAAAAAUCUUAGGUGAAGACAAUGAACCGUCUAUUAGUAAUAUCCAACUAGAACAAGAAAGGGAUCAGCUUCAGGGUAUGAAUAUAAAUAAUCAUGUGACCAAAGUUACUCAUUUGAAAGUCCUUCCACAAAAGGAUGAUCAUGGAUCACCAACUAAAGCAUCCUCUUAUGGCAGUAAACAAAACCCAAAUUUUAGUAAUAUUAUUGAACAGGUUCUUAUGACAUCAACGUUGAAGGACAAAUUAGAUGAUAAACUUGACAGAAAAAUGUUUCAGAGGGAUAGAGUCGAUGGUGGUUGUUUUGUGUCAGCUGCUGUGCCUUCUGUGGGCUUACACACUAAUGAAGGAUGUCAGGACAUACGAUUCAAUGACAAAGGUCUCAAGGUCAUCCGCCGAAGAAAUCUAUCUACAAAGAGAAGAUUCAAAAUCACAGCUAAUGGUCACAUCCAUAAUGUGCCUCCUGUUAUAGACCCAGAUGGGGAGGAAAUCCAGAACGUGAUUUUGAAGGAUGUCAACCUGACAGAGGCAUCUAAUGGUGUCUUAACCCCUAUUACCAGCCAGACACCUGUCGCUGGUAGGAGUCCAAUACGUCAUAACUGUAAUGGCUUUGGCCUAGAAAACUACAAAUUGUUUGAUUCUGAUAUCAUCUGUAAUCGGAAUGAACUGGAAGCCAAGUUGAGGACACUAAAAAGUGAGUUUGAACUUCAACCUAAUCAGUCAGUAAAAAAUUACUGUCUGUCCGAGAAAGACCUUCCCUGUCAAGGUCAAAUAGAUUCCCCCAUUUCAGCAUCCUGGUCAGAGCUGUCAUCUCGGACAACUUCUAGAAAGGAUUCCUCAGAAAGUUCAAUGAGUGCUCCAGACAUUUCUAAACCCCAGCUCAAACUGCAAAAAAGGAAGCUCAGCUUAGCAAGAGGUGAAAAGGUAAGCCACAAACAAUUGUCUAAAGGAAUGAAAGGGAUAAGUACGGAAAACUCUGGGAGUGAUAUGGAUUACACAUUUGAGAAAGAAAAUAAAGAGUUAAAAAGAACAAAACGUAAAAAGAAAAAAAAGGAGGUUGCUGGAAUAGAUUACAUUGUGAUUGGAAGAUUCAAAGGCCAUCGUAAAAUGGCAGUAUGCUUAGAAAGAUUGGAGAUAGGUCAGGAUGAAAGUGUAAAUGUGAAAGACUUUUUAGUGGCACAACCAAAAUGUCAGAAUUAUGCUUUAAACAGCAGAACUUCAGAUUCAUCCAGUGGCGGGGAAUUAGACUUGUAUGAAGACCAGUCGUCAGGAUGCCAGGAGAUGAGGAAAAGUCUCGACGACCAUUCUGAAGAUUCUUCUUGUCGGUCUUCUCCUGCGAAAAAAACUAGUUUGGGAGCAGAAACCUGUGAUGAUUGGUCCAAUGACAGUAAGGAACAGCAGGCAGACAUUGAUUCUGAUGAUCCUAAAUCAUCAUCUAAAAGCAACAGAAAGAAAAAGAAACUUACUAGAAACCAGAAACUUCAGAUAGCCUUCCUAGGUAAAAAGUCACGACGUAAGAAAGCUCCUGGGGCUGGAAAAUUGAUGAACUGUCUUUCAUUACUUCACGAAGCGACAAUUGCAAAUCUUAAUGACACUAGACUUUCUUACACUGAAAACACUGAGGAUUUCAAGAUCAGAUAUGAUGAUGCCAUGUUCAAGAUGUCUUUUAUUUCAUCUUCUGAUUCAGAAAAAGGGAACAUUUCACCCCCACUGCCCUUGUCCCCAGAGGAACUGGCACGGGACCAUCAAGGCCUGACAAGGUCCACAUCUGAGGCACAGAGCCCAGUCCUGCCUGUCAGUGACAACAGUCAGUCACCUGUCUACUCUGCAAUGCAGGCAAAAAUUAGAAUAAACUCUUCAGGGAGUGAUUUGUCUCCAGUUUAUCAGCCAAUUAUGAACCAAGUUAACAUGUGUGAUGUUGACUUUAAACCAUUUUCAUCGGUGUCCUUGAGAAGUCCAUCCUCACAAACUCCAGCGUAUGGUCUGGGUCAGGAAAGGGUGACCAGAUCUCUCGAAGACUUCAGUUCAAGUGACAGCAAAGAUUGGGAUGAGUCACAGAAUUCAAGCUUGAAUAAAAGUUAUAAAAAGAAAAACAAGUUAAAGGAAGCAAUUAUCAGGCUGACACCGCUGUCUACAGCAGACAUUGAGAACUUUUGUGGGAAGUCAUAUGCAAGAAAUCCAUCUAACCUGGAGAGAGUUAGUUCUCCAGUUUACGAGAAACAUACCUCUAUGUCUUCAAGUGAUAGAUCUAACUCGCCACCUGACCUUGGACCUCCAAAUAUACCUAAAUAUCCCAAAACUGGUGCUACUACUGAUGACUCCAGAUCUCCACCUCUUCUGAUGUCCACAUCAUCACCAAACACAUCUCAGUUAAUGAGGACACCUCAAGGCCAUACAGGAUUUGGUUUGUAUGAACACAAAUCCCCUGUGAGUAGCUGCAGUAAUGGGUCACUAAAUGUAGUCCACAGUGAUCGAUUCAGUGAUAUUAGUGAUGAUGAAGAUGAUCUGCAUCUACAAUUGGAGGUAAACGAUGAUGAAACUGAUAUCCAUUUGACCAGUAAUAGUGAAGAGAAGGCUACCUCUUCACCAUGCAUACCACACUCUCCUAAAGAGAAGAGUGGCAGUGUGCCUUCUAUGUGUGGAUCUGGAUCAGACGAGGAUAUGCCGUCGCUUACCAAGGAAAGAAUCAGCAUUGAAACAGACAAUUUGAUAUGUGUAGAUAGUAUGGUGAGAAAGUGUGUUGGAAACAACAACACCCAUUCACAAUAUCAAGCUAGUCCUUUGAAAAAUUCCAGUUCAAGUCAACAGUUGGGAACAAGUUUUGAGGGUUUUGGAAUUACAAUCUUGGAUAAUACCUCAAAGCAAUCACAUCCCAACAAUGAAUUUGAAAGAACUUUAAAUAACAGGACAGGCCGCAUAGUGCUGACUCCAGAUAUAUUACCACCCAGCCGGAAAAUGGUGCAGAACACAGCCACAAGUUACGGAUUGAACUCAGCGGAGAUUGUCAGGGCCUACUGCAGUAAUCCAGAGGAUUUACCAGAACGACCAAGGGAACUGGGUGGGCGAGUAUUAGAAGUUCAGUCUACCAGGGUAAAAGACUAUGAUGAUUUCUACAAUUACACAGACUGUGAUGGAUUACAGACCUGGAGGACCAGGCUGAUGGCACAAGACCAAAUAGUUUUAAGUCAAUCAGAAAAUGAAACACUAAUGAGCAGAAUAGAAAAAGAUCCACAACUUCGUUUUGCUCUUUUGGGUGAUAGGUCUGUUAUUAUCUCCCCUUGUAAUCCACCACCCAGUAAAGAGAUUGUUAAGAAAUGGGCAUAUGGGAGGAAAGUUUGGAAGGACUUGAAGAAUAAGGAGAAACAGCUCAAAAUUGAUAGUAAUAAAAAGUAUGACAGAAAAAACAUUGAUGAAAAAGAAGUUUCCGAAAUUGGAAGUUUUGGACAUGAACUUAAUUUAGAUAAAACACUGAUUAAUGAGGAAGACAAAAUGUCUCGAUCAGAAAUAAUUGACACUAGUGGUCAGCACAGCCUUUUGACAAAGGAUAUACACCAGAAUGAUGCAGGCAAUGAAAACACUAAGGACAGCAAACAGCUGGAUGUCACACGAACGCUGUUUGUGGAAGGAAACGGGGAAAGCUCUGAUGAUGAUAAUGAAGUAAUCGGCCCUUCUCCGCCUUCUGGAUUAAGGUUUUCCCAGUUCUCACACUCCAGAUUUAUGUGUUCACAGUCUGAAAAUUCUCCUGUGAUGAGCCACAGCUUACCAGUCACUCCAGAUACAGAAACUGGUGUUAUUAAAGACAAACCUGGUGACACACCUGUGACUCCAAUCACUGCAAUAGUUGGCUCACCUGUGAUGCCUGAUGGUACGUGUUGUGUAAGUAGUGAUGUUACAAACACACCUGUACAUGGCAGGCAAAAAUUGGGUCUCUUUAACUCAGCAUUCACACCGGUCAUGUCAGGAAGAAAGCCUAGUGCUACAAGUACUCCGAGUGAGGAUGGAAAAUUUCAUCCUAUCAGUAUUGGUAAUAGAACUCCAGGUAUAUUUGCCACGCCCAAAAGGGUGCCACUCCCACGACGACUGUCAUCUAACACAAAGAAGUCUCUACAGCAGGCUCUUCAGUCAUCACAGUUACAGCAAUAUGCUACACCCCGAGACCAGAAGGGUCACACAUCACAGAUAGACGGUCCCACUCCACAAAACUCAUUUGGGUUCAAGGUUAGCCAGGACAAUCUACAGGAAGCCAAGGCACUCCAUGAGGUACAGAACCUUACAGUGCUGAGUCUUGAACUCCAUGCUGAGACCAGGAGUGACCUUCGACCUGAUCCUGAAGUUGAUGCUGUAAAGGCUGUAUUCUAUUCCAUCUCCAAUGAUGUGGACCCAACAAAGGGUAAAACACAAGUCACUGGGGUUGUCAUUGUAGACAUGGUCUCUGCAGAUGCAGAGAGAGCACUGAUAGAGAGAAGAAAGAAAAGGAAAAACUCACAAUCCCCACCUUCAUCUACACUAUCUGGAUCUAGCUUAGAUAGGUCAAGGUCACCUCAGCCUUGUAGUUCUAGAUCAAGAUCACCUACAGCAUCUACUUCAAGGUCAAGGUCACCUUUGUCAACCGCAAAUAAAUCACCCCAACCUUCAACCUCAAAAUGUAGGACUCCAUCCCCGAAACCAUCCACUCCAAGAGGAAAGAGAACAAAGGCCAAGGGUGCUGCGACACCUCCACCUCGUCGCUAUGACAGCACCGAAGAUAUACCAAACACAUUUUUACAGAGGUCAGGAAUUGACCUUGGCGACCUUCAGGUGACCUAUGUUAGGGAUGAGGAAGAGCUGUACACAGUGUUCUUGGAUGAUCUUAUUGCGAAGUGGGACCCUGAUAUACUCGUGGGAUAUGAGAUACAGAACUUUUCCUGGGGAUACCUGCUACAACGAGCUUCUCACCUCAGCAUUCCUCUGUGUUCCAAGCUGUCCAGAAUACCAGGGGAGAAAACUGGAAGUCGCUUUAGUGCCAGCAAAGAUGAGUAUGGAGCUGACCACAUGUCAGAGAUUCACAUUGUUGGACGAAUUGUGCUCAACCUAUGGCGGUUACUUAAGCAUGAGGUUACACUAAACAUUUAUUCCUUUGAGAACGUGUGUUACCAUGUCCUUCAUCAACGUGUACCUCAGUUCUCCUUCAGGACACUGUCCAACUGGUUCAACCACAAAACUCACCUGCACAGGUGGAGGUUGAUAGAAUACUACAUCACUCGAGUGAAGGGUAACCUACAGCUGAUAGACCAGCUUGAUCUCAUCGGACGCACCAGUGAAUUUGCCCGUGUGUUUGGGAUCGAGUUCUACCAUGUCUUAUCCCGUGGGUCCCAGUAUCGAGUGGAGUCUAUGAUGCUACGCCUAGCCAAGCCACUGAACUACAUCCCUGUGUCGCCAAGUGUCCACCAGAGGGCACGGAUGAGGGCACCUGAGUGUAUUGCACUCACCCUGGAGCCGGAGUCACGUUUCUAUGCCGAUCCAGUUGUAGUAGUAGACUUUCAGUCACUCUACCCAUCCAUAAUGAUUGCACAUAACUACUGCUUCUCAACAUGUUUGGGACGCCUCAGAUGGCUAGACAAGGCACAUGAAGGACCUAUUGAGUUUGGUUGCACCCAUCUGAAGAUUCCUCCCUCAGUCUUAAAGAAGUUGGAGAAUGACAUCACUGUAUCACCCAAUGGUGUCGUGUUUGUCCAGCAGCAUGUCAGGAAGGGGGUGAUCUCAGCUAUGGUAGAGGAAAUCCUUAACACCAGGUUAAUGGUGAAGAAAGCCAUGAAGUCAUACAAGAAGGAUAAGGCCCUGUGUAAGUUGCUAGACGCCAGACAAAUGGGCCUCAAACUCAUUGCUAAUGUCACCUACGGCUACACUGGUGCCAACUUCUCCGGAAGGAUGCCUUGUAUUGAGGUGGCUGACAGUAUUGUAAGGAAAGCCCGAGAGACACUGGAGAGGGCCAUCAAGUUGGUAGAGGACACACCUCGCUGGGGGGCUAGGGUUGUCUACGGCGACACUGACAGUAUGUUUAUUGAGCUGAAAGGCCGCAGCAAGGAGGAGGCUUUUAAGAUUGGUUAUGAGAUUUGUAAUGCAGUGACAGCUGCCAAUCCAAAGCCUAUGAAACUGAAAUUUGAGAAGGUUUAUCUCCCUUGUAUCCUCCAAACCAAGAAACGGUAUGUUGGUUUUAGUUAUGAAACUCCAGAUCAAAAAGAGCCUAUAUUUGAUGCCAAAGGAAUAGAGACAGUAAGGAGAGAUGCUUGUCCAGCUGUUGCCAAGAUUCUUGAGCGCACAAUCAAAACACUUUUCACUACUCGUGAUGUGUCCCAGGCAAAGAGGUAUGUCCAAACACAGUGUCGUAAACUGAUGGAGGGCAAAGUCAGUCUACAAGAUCUUGUCUUCGCCAAGGAGUACCGUGGUAUGGCUGGAUACAAACCUGGAGCCUGUGUACCGGCCUUAGAGAUAUCAAAGAAGAGUCUGCAGCAUGAUCGUCGUAGUGAGCCCCGAGUGGGUGAGCGUGUGCCAUAUGUCAUUGUAUAUGGCAGUCCUGGGCUUCCCCUCAUACAGCUAGUCAGGACUCCAGCCGACCUUCUCACCGACCCCUCCCUCAGACUCAAUGCUACCUACUACAUCACCAAACAGAUUCUUCCUCCACUUGACCGAAUCUUCUCCCUGAUGGGAGUCAAUGUCUUCUUAUGGUACAAUGAGAUGCCUAAGGUGACCAGGGUAGUACCCCAGACAGUUAUGGCCCCAGACAGUAAGAAGGGCACAAUUUCUCAGUUUUUCUCUGUGGUGAGCUGUCCUGUGUGUGAGGAACAGACCAAUCAGGAUAUAUGUAACAAAUGUGCUCGGAACCCUCAGAAGGUGGCCAUCACUCUUAACAACAGGAUUCGUGAUUGGGACCAAGUCUAUGCAGAUCUCACCAAGAUUUGUAACAAUUGUAUGAGUGUUCAGGAUGACAGUCAGCCUUGUAUCUCGCUGGACUGUCCAAUACUCUUCAGGCGCCGGACAGCAAAACUCGACAUCACCAAAGGGCAACAACUGAGAUCUAUAGCCAUCAAAGUAUUGGACUUUUAGGCUUAGUAUCUUGUUCUAUACAUUGC